AUGAUAAAAAAUACUGUGGAAUCUUCCACAAGCGCUGUAUAUUUGCAAUCCAGACCUGGAGUGACCUACAGUUCCUCUGCUCAGAAUUCCCAAGUACCCAACUCAGAAUCUGUGAGUCAGAAAGACCUGAAGACUCAGCUAGAACAGGACAGUAUUAUAGAAGCCUUGUUGCCUUUGGAUUUGGAGGCAAAGAUCAAACAAGAAGGAACUGAAGGAGAUCUGAAAUCAAAUAUUCCUGGAUCAAAUGGCAAGAAACCAACCCAAGCUAAAAAAGUAUUGUAUCCUUGCAGUUUCUGUGAUCAGGUAUUUACAUUCUCCGGUGUAUUGAGGGCUCAUAUACGUACUCAUUUAGGGAUAUCGCCUUAUCAGUGUAAUAUAUGUGAUUAUAUCGCAGCUGACAAAGCAGCACUAAUACGACAUCUUCGAACACACAGUGGUGAAAGGCCAUACGUAUGCAAAAUCUGUCAGUACCCUUUUACUGUUAAAGCAAACUGUGAGCGACACCUGCGUAAGAAGCACCUAAAAGUCACUAGAAAAGAUAUAGAAAAAAAUAUUGACUAUGUAUCUACAAACAAAUCUGAAAUGGUUGAUGCUGUCUGUUCUCCAGACACUGUUUGCAAAUGCUGUGGAGAGGACUUAAAAAGCUAUCGUGCCCUUCAUAUACAUAUGAGGAGUCACACCAACUUUCAGAAAAAGAAACCAUUUCAGUGCAAAGAGUGCGGCACUGCUUUUUCUGCCAAAAGAAACUGCAUUCACCACAUUCUUAAACAGCACCAGCACGUACAAGAGAAAGAAAUAGAGAACCAUGUUUUAUUAUAUGGGUCCUGUAGUCCAGAGCAAACUAGAUCAGACACUCCACUUUUGGAAGAAAGCACUUACCUUGAUCGGAAAGCAACGACAUCUUAUGUGGAACCGCAGAAUGGAUUUCUUCAUGGGGGGAUAUCUACUUUUAAACUUGAACCUACUGCUAGUUUUCCUAUGGAGCUUGAUGAGCCCUUGGACUUUUCUCAAAAGAACAAGAACUCUAUUGGGUUCCAAGUAAAGGAGGAGCAUGUCUACAACUUGUCUCUUGCCUCCUAUGAUUCCUCUAUGGAACCCAUUGACCUGUCCAUGCCUAAGCAUUCAAAAAAGGACAAAGAUGACUCACAAAUGCAAGCAAAAACACAAGAGCAAAUAGGAGGCCCUAUUGGCCAACCAUACAAUUGCCAGCCAUGCCCAUUUCCCUUAAGUGCCAAUGAAAUUCUAGAGAAAGCUGCAGCUUUUACACAUUCCAAACCAGUGAAAACCCCUGUGCAUUUGACUGUCCCAGUCAUUUCUCCUGCUGUUCUUGGAAGUGCAACUAUCCUUCGACCUUUGAGGCCUAAGCCACCUCCUCUUUUGCCAAAGCCUGCAGUUUCUAAAGAACUACCACCCCUGGCUUCAAUUGCACAGAUAAUAUCUUCUGUAUCUGCUUCUGCUUUACUGAAAACAGAUGUAACACCCACUUUACAAGUUGCUGCCAACAGCUCAUCAGCUACUGACAAAUCUGUGGCUUCCAAGGCGACAAUCCAUCAGAAAGAACCCAUGGUUUCCAGUGACGCUUCUCAAACUAGUAGAAAUUCUGCUAGCCCAGCUGACGUCAGUACAGCUACUGCUUUAGUCGUAGGAGCAAAGAAAAGGGGCAGAAAGAAAGGAACAAAAAAAUAA